AUGAUAGACAUCAGAAACUUGAAGAUACAGUUGUCGAAAGAAUUUGACAUGAAGGACUUAGGCCCAACAAAGAAGAUUCUUGGAAUGCAGAUCACGAGAGAUAAGCAAAAGGGAGUUUUGCAGUUAUCUCAGGCAGAGUACAUCAACCGUGUUUUGCAGAGAUUUAACAUGGACAAGGCCAAACCAGUCAAUACACCUUUGGCCAGACAUUUUCGUCUAUCCAAGGAUCAGUCUCCUCAAACAAAGGAAGAAGAAGAGUUCAUGGCUAAGAUUCUUUAUGCUUCAACCAUUGGAAGUUUGAUGUACGCGAUGGUCUGUACAAGGCUAGACAUUGGCCAUGAAGUGGGAGUUGUGAGCAAGUUUAUGCCAAAACCAGGAAAAGCUCAUUGGGAAGCAGUCAAAUGGAUCUUGAGACAUCUACGAGGCACAAUAGAAAAGUGUCUGUAUUUUAGAAAAGGAGAUCUAAAGUUACAGGGCUACGUAGAUGCAGACUUUGGAGGUGAAGUUGAUCACCGAAGAAGCACCACCGGUUAUGUUUUCACUAUCGGAGCUACAGUUGUUAGUUGGAUGUCGCGGAUACAAAAUAUUGUUGCUCUAUCCACUACAGAGGCUGAGGCUCCGAUUCUAGUCACCCUGUCCCUUCCGUCUCUGGUGUUGGACGGGGGGGUAAUCGCCAGCGAGCUCGGGCUGAGGACUGGGAUUCAAGAUCUGGGCUUGAUCUUGUUGGUCUGUUGUGGCUGGUUGCAGGUUUUGGUCUCUGGGUCUCGGGUGUCUAUCUGA